UAUGUGACUAGUGUUGACUCAAAAUUAUUUAUGUUUAGUUCCUUUUUAAAACUUGUGAACUCAACAAUAUCCUGGAAAAUGUGCUAACUUUUAACGCACAACAUUAGCUAAUCCCUCAUGAAGUGGAUAUGGCUAGCAAACAUGUUAGCUAACAUUGCCUAUUUGCACAUCCAGGAGAGAGACAAGACUAAACCACUGAAGUCGUGUUUCUGGUCACUUCAUGCAUGGCACUGGCAGCAGGGCUCUCUUUGAUGACAUCACAAACGUUGAUUGGCUGAGGCAGUUGUUGUCCCAGGGCUAUCAUACAACAUGUUCUCAGGACAACAACCACUUGGCAAAAUCAGGACAUGCAACCCCAUCCAUGGGGUACCUUGUAACAUUUCACCUCCACCACUUUUCAACGCAAUUGUAGGAGAAUGCUACCCAAGAUGGCGGCAGCCUCAUCCAUCCAGCCGCCGAGCGUUCACUCUUCUCUAGCCGGGGAGAGCGCACUUUCCCCGGAGAUGGACAGCCCCGAGAGCCGGCAGCCGGAGGAUGACGAGCCGGCGGCGGCGCAGCCCUCCGACUCGGAGAUUUGCCUCCGCGACCUGCCGGACCUGGAGCCGGAGGAGAUCGAGAGGAGGCUGGCCAAAACUCGCCAGGAGCUGAGCAACAGGAGGAAGAUCCUCAUUAAGAACCUGCCGCCUGACACCACCAACCAGGAAGUCCAUGAGAUUCUGAAAGAAUAUGAACUGAAGUACUGCUUUGUGGACCGCAAUAAAGGCACAGCCUUUGUGACUUUGCUGAACGGGGACCAGGCUCAGGAUGCCAUCCGCUCCCUCCAUCACAGCACUGUCCGGGGACGCUUGAUCAACGUCACGCUGCAGCCCACGGACUCCCUGCUCUGCCUCACCAACCUGCCCCACACCUUCACUGCCCAGCAGUUUGAGGAGCUGGUACGCGCCUAUGGGAACAUCGAGCGCUCCUUCCUGGUGUACAGCGAGCUGACGGGCCACUCCAAAGGAUACGGCUUUGUUGAAUACAUGAAGAAGGAUUCUGCUUCACGGGCCCGUUCUGAGCUGCUGGGCCGACCGCUGGACGAUCGCUCAUUGAUGGUGCAGUGGAUGGAUGUCAACCAGCUGAGCCAGGAGGAGAACCUGCACUCCAAGUGUCUGUGUAUAAACCGGCUGCCGCUGGACCUGUGUGACUCUGAAGAACUGACCCAGCUCUUCUCCGAAACCUACAAACCCGUCUUCUGCCAGCUCGCUCAGGAUGAGGGCAGCCCAGUGCGAGGCUUUGGUGUGGUGGAGUAUGAGAGCGCGGAGCAGGCGGAGGCUGUGCUGAUAGAGAUGGACCGAACACUGGUGGGAGGACAAGAGGUCCGUCUCUCACUCUGUACCCCCGGCACCUCAGGGAGAAGCACCCUGGCUGCACUCAUCGCCGCCCAGGGUAUGAUUCUGAGUAAUAGGAAAGGUCUGCUACCAGAGCCCAACAUAGCCCAGCUGUUGACCAGUAUGACCAACCCUGCUGCCCUGCAGAUCCUCAUGAGGCCGUACCACACUGGGAAAAGAGGCGGGAAGUACGGGCGUCACGCCAGCCUGCCGUUCCUCAGACCUCCUCUCACCACGGCUCUGCUCACACUGGGAAAAGCACACCAGAGCGCCAUGCUUGGGAAUGGACUGGUCCUCCAGAACCUCCUGCAUAUGCAGCUCGCACAGCAACAGCUUCUUCACAUCAAAGACAAACGCAUCAGCAGCGUCUCCAGUCUGCUCGGGGACCCGUCCAGGCUGCUGAUGCAGAAAGCUUUGUCUUUGCGGCCUCCAGGCCUUGUGCCGCUGGGGAAAGGCCUCCUGGGAGACUCCCCUACAGAGUUGGGCCAGGAGUCAGUGCCACCGUCUACCCACAAUUCCACAGUAGUGGUGUCGGCGGCAGGUGUGAUGCCAUACCUCCAGGGUCGAGCUGGAGGGGGAGAACAAAACAGCAGCCAUUCUAUCUCCACAAACCCUUCUGCUUCCUCCUCCUCUUCUUCCUCCUCCACCUCCUGUGACAGGCAGCCAGCUCCUCCUGGGACCAUGGUGAGCUCCCAUCCGCAGGGACAGAGCUACUCCUUGGGUAUAAGUAACUCAGGCCUCGGCCCGCCUCCACCUAAACCCCCUGGGGGAGUUUAUACAUCAGCAGGCCAGCACAACAGCUCUGAUGGCUGCCCCCUGGCUGGCAUGGUAACUGGUGGUCAGGGCUCUCUGUUGGGCGAUCCUCCUAAAGAAGUCAGACUGCCUUCCAAUCCUUACCUGAACCUGGCCAGUGUGAUGCCAGGGGUGGUUCUCCAAGGGUCGGUGGGGAGUAAAGCCCAGGGAGGACAGCCCGGCCCCGGGGUGUAUGGCAGCACGGUCGCUCCUGUUGUCUCCCAGGGCUCCGCCUCCUUCUCCCACAGCGCGGCAGCUACAACAACAGCCCCGUACAGCACUGAUAACUCCACUGACUACAACCAAUACAACCAGGCCUACACACAGGAGGCCAUGCAGCAGUGGUACCAGCACUACCAAGCACAAGCUCACACCUAUAGCACCGCUGCUCCACAGGACAGCACGGCCACAGACUACAGCAAGGAGCACACACAGGCUCCACCGGUGUCGACCUACGGGGAUUAUAGUUCCUACAUGCAGGCGGUCACUCAGUACUACUCCCAACCUGCAACAGCCAACCAGGCCUACGCCAGCAAGGAGGUAGAUGUGUGUAAGCCUCUCGGAGUCUCUCUGCACGCAGUCAGUAACGGCGCCGCCCCUCCACCGGCCGUCCUGCCAGCUGCUGCCGUGCUCCCAGCCUACAGCACCCUGCCUUUAAUGCCCGGCUUCCUUGGGGCGCCACACCCGGCGGCAGCCACACCAAGCCCUGUCACGCACACACACACUGCCGCCACUGACUGGAACACCUACUAUUAUAACCAGACGCGGGGCCAUAAGAGGGAGUACCCUCAGCUGGCGGUGCAAGACGUGGCAUCAUCUGAUGGCGCCUACAUCGGGCAGCACUCCCAAGGCCUUGGAGGGCAGUACGCUGACUACUUUAAGAGGAAGAGGCUCUAGUAUGAACCAAACCACCUUAAAGCCUAAAGCUUAUGGAGGGAGGCGCACACACACACAGCGUCUGCUGGAUGUCACAGCUCCCUCUAGUGGCCUUUCUGUGGCUGCCAUUUUGCAUCCCUACAGUAGGUAUUGAGUUUAAUAGAAUCUGGGGUUGCAAAUGGCUCAAGUGAAAGCAAGCCAUAGUGCUCUUUGAUCCUGGCACUUAUACACACACAUACACACACAUAGACACAAACACGGUGUUGCUUUUGUCCUGUUCAAGCCUUAAACUCUUUAACUUAAACUGUUGUUUCUCAGUCAGUGUGUCAACUGUACUCAACUAAUAUUCUCUUGUACAUUUUUUCUAAUAUAAUGUAAACUAAAGUAUACUGUAUCUGUACGUAUAAGCUGCUUUUGUAUCUGCAGCCAGGCGACCUGUCUGUCUGCCUGCUGAAACUGUCUUAGGACUGGUCCUACAGUCAAGGUGUCUCCCUCUCUGUCUCUUCUCAGACUCACGCUUUGAUUAGUCAGUCGAACUGACAUCUGUUUGUUCCCGCUUCAGUGUCUUUUCUCUUUUCCUUGUAUUGCCCAGGUUUCCUCUUUUAUAUCUCCCCCCUGCGGAGAAUUAGAGUGUGUGUGUGUAUGCGUGUGCGUAUGUGUGUGAGUGUUUAUGCGUGUUGAUGUGCUGUUUCUGUAGGAAGUGUCAGCCAUUUCAAUCCCAAAGGUUUGGGAGUACAUCAGGAAAAAAAAGGGCCUGAACCAAUCAAAGCCCUUAAUCGUGGUGACUUUUACAAUAGCUUCCCUCAAUGAAUGGACCUUUCUUUCUAAAGACUGGACAGAAAAUAAAAGCCUGGUGUAAAUACGGUGUGUAAUACAGAAUAUAUAAAGCCAUGCGUAACAGACAAUAUCACGUUUAACGGUUUCCCAGCUCUCUUGUGAGCGUAUUGUACUACAUGAGUGAAAGGAAAACAUUUACUGCGUGUCUGAUUUUGUUUUGUUUUUUUAAAUCUAUACUGUUAUAUAUUUGUAAUAUAAUAUAAUAAUAUUCCAAGGCAAUUUAUUAAUAUUGAAUCAAGUUGUGUUGACUUAAAUGUAGUUAUCUGGUUUGGUUUUUAACAUUUAAACCAAAUAUUAAGGCACAGUCCUUUCUCUACUCUCUUCUAUCUGUUGUGACGCAUUAGGGUGUUUUCGGGAAGAUCUGUUGGGACUCAACAGCCGCUUAAUGUCCACUUCCAGCUGCCAUUAGAACGUGAAGGAUUCAGACUGUGAGCGUGUCUCGAAUCCAUACUACAUACCGACUCAAAGCACGUUUUGAAACACCUUAAAAGGACAGAAGUUACUACUAAUCACUCAGCACGUGUAUCAAAAACUUUGAUUGUUUUUUUAGUGUGCUGUCAAUGGACAGAGCUUUCCCACAAUGCAAUGCACAAAGAAAAUGGAGGAGCUGCUCCAAGAUGGGAAAAAGAUUGGAACUAAUGGUUGAUGGUGGUGAAUCAGCUCCAGAAACAAAACACAAAACUUAAUAAUUUUGGAAAAAUUGGCAGUGAUAUUCCAAUGUUGCAGUUUGAUUGCAUUUUCAUGAUGCACAUAUUGCAUCAUUUCCUGUUUCUAUAUAAUGGAAAAGUAUGUUUUUUAUUGUCUUUUGACUGUGUAUACUAUAAAGAUUAGUAUAUGUACAGUUGGUAUGUAAUAAGAGAUUUGGACACAGUCUUAUGAUGGACGUUUAGCAUUUUCUUAUUUUGUGCUCAUCACAUGCUACUGUGCAUGUUUUUUUGUGGAUGCUUGUAAAAUUUCUUAGUUAUAAGGGAAAGAAAAAAAAAACUUUAAAUGUCAAUCUUCGCAGAGUUCUUCCCAUUUUUACAAAGCAACAGAGAAAUUAUUUUUAAUUCUUUGUCAGAAUAAAAAGACGUUUUGUUUGUUUUAUUAAAGCAAAGGCUGUGAACUGAAUAACACUUCAUGUCCAGGAGGUUUGACGUUCAUCAUUGAGGAGAGAGCUCGGUAUUUUAGUAUUACAGCUCGGACAUUAGGUUUGUUAUGUGCACAAACCGGCAAUAACCCAGGCUCCUACUACUGUAGAAAGUUGAAUGUAAAAUGUUUGUUUCUUUGCUUUUGACACAGCAUUAUAUAUACUCCUACGUAACGGCUCACAUGCUUUUUUUUUUUCUUUUCUUCUUGCUGUACGUGUCUUUGUAUUCUGCUCAGAACUAUCUGAUUAUACAUCACGGAGAAGAAUAUUACUUGUGUCGCCAUGGCAACAACCCUCACACACUGUGAAAACCCAAUAGCAGUUGAGAUCAGAUAAUGCAGAUACGUCGGUUUAGUCCAGAUAUGCGGUGUGAGUUUCUCAUCAGUGGGAAUAACGGUCGGCUGUAAACAUGUUUACAUGUGCGGACACAAUAAUAAUGGAGGAGUCUCGGGUCAGUGCUGGCAUGCAGGUCCGCUUAUUAAGUACUAAUAACAUGGCUUAACAUUAAACUUAAGGGCAAUACAUAGUUCUCUAUUCUUUGCUGACUCUCUUGCUCUCUUCAUCCAAUUAUGUGUUUUCUAACUAGAUUUAACUGUGAUGUGUUUCAUGGUGUCUCGCUUUCACUACCUGGAGAUUCAUAUUUAUCAUGAAACUUUGACACAUUUUGAAGCAUGCCUCCAGACAAUGAUUAUAUAUCGUGGAUAUGGGCAAUAUAAGAAAAAAAAGGAGAGGAGCUCUGGAGGGCAAAAAAAGUGAUAAAAUGUAUUCUGCUUCAUAUUUGCACAAAUACAGGCAGAAAGAUGGCAGAGGAUCUGCCCACCACAACCUUCUUUGUUUCCACAUAUUUAUCAUAAUGAAUUUUCUCACUUCUUGUGUAUCUAAUUGCUGCCUUCCUUUCUUUUUUCUUUUUUAUUGCCCAUUUGGGAAGUCUUUUAAACUACACUUUGACUCGACUCUUCCUGGUUCACAGUCAUUUUCAUACAGUGGCAUUUCCCAGAAUCUCAGUUUAGACAGUUGAGGGAUGUCCCGCUCAUCCUCAAACCUUAACCCCGAGGUUAUGUGUGAUGCAUAUCAGAUUGAUUUUAUAUUUAGCUUGUAAACAUUUUAAAAAGCUAGUCAUAUUUCACUUUUUCUUCCCCAUUUUUCUUAUCAUCAUCUAUCAUCUUUGUAUUCAGCAUGCAUCUGUAUCUUCAAUUUCCAUUCAUACUUCUGUGUCCUUGCACUGUUGUGGCUUAUGUCCUGUCUGUUUCCUGUGAUUUUGACUGUCACUUCUGGUGGCUGUGCUAGCUAAUUUAAAAUGCCUUCAUUUUGGCUUUUUUUUUUUUUUUUUUUUGCCGCCUUCACAAUAUUGUUAUAAUCAGAUCAACUUAUAUUUAUCCAUUUUGCCUCUGAAAAAUAACCACAAAGCUAUAAAAAAAAAGUCUAAAUAAGUGACUAAAUGCACACCUUCUCCAUUCAAUAUGGCUCUAAAUCUGUCUUUGCCACUGAUUUCCUUUAAUAAUGGAUGUCAAAAUGCUGCACUUAGGUCUAUAAUAAUGACUGAAUACAACAUGUCAACAACUUCACAUAACAGAAAGAGCAAAAAUGAUGUAAUUUGAAAUGCAGCAAUUUGAAUUUGUUCACAUUGCACAGCCAGCAAUAUAAAGACAAUGCGAGGGCUGACAGGUUGAUGCGCUGGUUUGGAUGAAGUUACCAGAAAAUAUCACAGGUUUGGGCAGGUGGGUCAUAACAUGACAAUGCAGCGCCCUUUUAAGAUAUUAAUAAGUUACAGAAACAUUGCGUGCAAUAGUCCACCUUCCACCUCUAUUCCAUCUGUCACUCUCUCUCGAACAGGCUGUGGCGCUCAGUCCUUCUCUCUGUCCUUGUCUCUGUUCUAAUCCUGACAGUUGAGCUUCUAUAAUGCAUAAAGUUUGCGAUUAGUGGGUCUGGUUCAGGGGGUUGAUUAAUGCAUAUUUUUGAGGGACUGGCGGUGCUGAUUGGCUCUCUUAAUGAUUCAGGUUGGUGCACAUCACUACAAGUUAUCAAUAUGUGGUGGUACUUGUGUACAAGCCCUCAUCUUCUCCUCUGCACUGCUCUAACACCAGGGGCCAGAUGCAUAAACAGUGUGUAAGCACAAAAAACACGCGUACGCCUUUUCCCGCACAAACUGGUAUUUAUAAAGUAAGAAUUUGCAGUGAGAAUGUACACAACUCACACGUUCUCCAGACCAGGUUUACUCACGGUUUCAGCUGAUAGCUGUGGGCGAUAUGACGAGGACGAGAUUGAAGCACUUUAUAAAGUCAACAAGAAAGCUAUGAAUGAAUCAUUGAUCGUCCUUCUGCUGUUUAAUAAUAAUAUUGAUUGUUUCAGAAAUGUGAUUAUUAGCGGUACAGAUGCUACAAAUAUCCACAGCUGCUCUGGCACCAUUGGAGAGCCUUGCAGAUGUGAUACAGUUGGUGAAAUUGCACUUUCUUUGCCUUAUUUCUCAUCUCGAGGGGCACAAGUAUCGAUAUGCACACGGCUGUUUAAGGCCGUUUCUACGUCUGUUUAUGGCAAACUUUGGGUGCGGGAAUGAGGCUCGUGUGCAUGCACCCUGACCCACAAUGACUGAGAUUUAUAAAACAGAAUCAGGCAUAUGCACAGCUGUAUCAACUUGAUGAAAAGAAUGCGUAUGCACCUUUGUGCAUACACGCAGUUUUAGUCGUGAAUCUACAGAGUUUUAUGCAUCUGGCCCCUGAACUGCCUAGUUGUUGAUUUUCUGUCUUGAAAUAAAAAAUUAAACAUCGAGAGAUCUAGCAAGUCCACCUGCUAACACCUAAAGCUUGGGAGAAAGAGUCUGUGUCUGUAGUCACAUGAUACCUCUGUCCAUCUGUGGCUUUCUGUACUGUAGAAGCCAUUUUGCAUUUUCCCUCUUAAGCAGUUGUUUUAAAAUUUUCCUUCAUAUUCCACUCUUUCAUUCUCCCCACAUCAGCUGGAGCCACUUGGACACAUUUUAUGGCGACGUGUCCCUCUGGACUAGUUGGCUGUCUGGCUCGGAGCCUCUGUUUGGUUUGCUUCCUGGUGUGAGUGGAUGAAAAGUAACCAGCUGGACUCCAGGUGAUCGCUGUCACCUCCACCUCUCUGAAAGACAGGAUAGGAAUGUCUGUCUAUGCGAGUGUGUGUGUUCAGACCAGAGACAGGGCCUCUGUGUUUGUGGAUGUUAACAGCUGAGGCAGCAGAAGCGCUGUCUGCUUGUCUGUUUUCCCGUCUGUCUGUCAUCCUGGCUGUCUGUUUUCCAGUCUGUCUGCCACAGUGGAUUCAGGUAGUACAGUCAGUCAUGCCUGAAUUAUUUUAAUGGUGUCAGCUUUUUCUCUGCAUUAUGUCUCACUUGCUCUAAAGCCAUGACUGUAUAAACUACUGUGUGUGCAUGUGUGUGUGUGUGUGUGUGUGUGUGUGUUUGGGUGUCAAAACUAUUGAGGACAAAACAAAUAUAAGCUCUUAUCAUGCAAGUCCAGAUGUAACAGAGUGAAGGGAUUUAUUAUUCCUAAACACACGAGGACAGAAGCAGGAGUGUAACCGAUGCUCUGAGACCUCCGAGAAGAAUCAUGUCGCCACACUUGAAUGUAGGACUUCCUUUGCUUUGCCAUUUUCAAAGGUCCAUUCACUCGGUUUCGGCCGUUCACUAAGACUGAGAGCAGAACUAUCUGUUGGACUUGACCAUGAAGUUAAGUGUCACUCUGUCAGAGCCUGUGUGUUCUCUCCCCACUUUUACAUCAUCAAAAAUCAUGUCAAGAUGCAGGAAAACCAGGCAGCUCAACAGGUGUUAGUUGUGUUGGUGGUCUUGAAUGAAUGUCCAAAUGGGGAACACUACUUUUCCAUGGACUUUUAUUUUGUUAUUGACAGAACAGUUCGUUAUAUCACACAAACAUAUUGUGCUGAUUUUUCACCAUCAUACUUCCAAGCAAUUGUGAGUAAGAACAAGGAUGUUGGUGACGUUUGUCUGAGCUCAUUUGUAGCCAAUACAGUUGACAAUUCUCCAAAUAUGGAUGUUGCUACAGAGAAGCUACAUAUUCUAAAACACAAAGCUUCACACACAUCUUCAACCAGGCAGCACAGAAGAACUAUACACUCACACAGUUUUAAGAUGGGCGCCCAAAAUCAGUGUCACCAAUAGAGAUACUGAUGAGAAACCUUGUUCACGUGAAUGAGAUGGACCAAAGGUCAUGGUGACCUUGACCUUUGACCAUCAAAAUGGAAUCGGUUCAUCUUUGAAUACAAGUGGACGUUUGUGCCAUUCAUUCAUUCAUUUUUCGUAACUGCUUAUCCUGGUAGGGGUCAUGGGGGGCUGGAGCCUAUCCCAGCUGACAUUGGGCGAGAGGCAGGGUACACCCUGGACAGGUCACCAGACUAUCACAGGGCUGACACAUAGAGACAGACAACCAUUCAUGCUCACAUUCACACCUACGGCCAAUUUAGUCACCAAUUAACCUGCAUGUCUUUGGACUGUGGGAGGAAGCUGGAGUACCCAGAGAAAACCCACACUUACACUAAGGUUCGAACCCACAACCUCUGGGAUUGAACCUGGCGACAAUGCUAACCAUUACAUCACCGUGCCACCCGAAUUUAAUUUAAUUUAAAACAGACUGCCUCUGGCUACGGUGGCGCAGGCAUAAGCCAUAAAAACUGGGUCCGAUAAAAAAAAAAUUAGUGCAGCACAACUGUUAAAAUGUAGUGGAGCUCAGAAACAGGUAUUUUUUUCAGAUAUAUGAGAACUGGCAGUAAUGCUGCCUUUACCUCCUGACACUUUCAUUUGGCUUCCUGUUGGUUUGUACCUGGCGUUUAAUGUUCAUCUGGCUCAAACUAUAGUGGGAAUCUUUAGUUUUACUCCGAUUGUCACUGUUCAGCAUUGCUCAUGUGUUGCCAUAACAACCAGCCAAGUUGAUUUGACCUUGACGUUGUUUGCAUUUCCCUUAGUCUUCUUGAUUUCCUUCCACAUCCAGUAGAAACGCCCCUAAGCAUUCCAGUGGGUUUAAGAUUUUAUUUUGACAUUUGGUUUCCUGUUCCUUUUAAGUCUGACGGUAAUGUGCGUGUCCUCCUGAAGGCUGUGUGCCAGAAAAUGGUUGGUGAGCACAUUUUUAUUUUCUUUCUGUAACUGACUGCCACACAGUUUGAGAUGUGACUUCACACAAAAUACCCCAAAAAUUUGUGCUCCAAACAUGGUUUCCACUUAAAAAAAAAAUCGGACCCUGUCUGCUCUCACAUGUUGACUUGCAGAUUUAUUAAAGCUUCUCUUUGUCGUGCGUUCGCUCAGUAGUUUUGCAGAUAGCUGGUGUUUACCUGGACUGGUGCUCUUUGUAUGCUGGAACCAGUAAUUGCAGGUGGGUGUAUGUGUGAGCAUGCGAGUGUGUGUGUGGGUGUAGCACUGUAAAAAUGCGCUCUUGGCAGGUAAUGGGGGUAAGGAGAGACAGGCUGAAAGAAAGAGGAAUGGAAAAACAACCCCAGCUGCCUUCAGCCGCUCAGCCUGCAGGGAUUUCUUUUAUUCUUCCUGUGCCUUUCUCCUCCUCUGUCUGCUCAGUGAAGAGUGUUGGUUAUGUCUGCCAGACUCCUGCAUGUUGCACGUACCUGUAGAGCUGUCACACACACACACACACACACACACACACACACACACACACGUUCCAACACACUGGAAUUGUCUCCUCUCUGCUCUGAUUAUUUGUAUUAGCUGGACUCUCACACAGCUUCCUCUGGUGUGAUCCAAAUCUAUACGAAUGCAUUAUUGUCCUCAUGUGCUUAUCGUCGUCUCCCCCGUGGUGUAAAUUGUCCACCCUCCUCCGUAACGACUGAAAACAAUCCCAGUUGGUGAGGAGAUAUCUGACAGCAGUCUAAUUGUAGACGCUCAAGUGCAGACUCAUAAGGUCACAGCUGGCAUCAAGCCUCCAAACCUGUCAGUCAAAGGAUGCGCAAAAUGUGUCGGCUUAGUGACAAAUAAUCCCACUCAAUCUACAGCAGUCACAUAUAAAGGAUAAGGUUGAUGAUAUUGUGUGGUUUUGUUAUUGUUGACAAAUCCGUCAGUGUGUUAGUCCGUCUCUUUCUGACUUCCAUAACCUGUCUGCGCCUGUGUUCAGCCCCAAGCUCCUACUGAAGACAUAAAUCAUGUAGUGUCAGAGUUAAAUUUGUUUGGGACUACUUUCAGAUGCGGAUUAAUACACAUUUGGUGCUCAAGUGAGUACCAUAAUGAAGGCGUAUCUAAUGCAGAGAAGGACAAAUGAAGCUGAGACUGGACUUGUUGGUAGUAUCAGAUCGUCGUUGAUGUCGGUCUUUUCGUAGGAUUUUUUGACACUAGUUAAAAUACAGAAUAUCCCCAAGUUUAUGCUUUAAAUUAACAGACAGUGUGGCCGUAACAUCUGCCAAACAGCUGCAUCAGUACACUCUGCUUUAGCUUCUGCAUAGUCUGUAUGUCACACCUGAAUACUUCAAACAAAGAAGGCUUUACACCGGCAAGAGAAAUGCGAUCUUUUUCUUUUUAAUCCACCUUGUGGAAGGACACAACAGGUGUUAUAUGAUGUCCCUGCAGACUGUCGGGGUUUUUAACUCAGCAAUUCGAAGAAAUUGAUCUAGUGAGCAGCGAUACAUCACAUGAACUGGAGGCCAUCCCGGCAGGAUGUAAAUAAUAAAAGCCACAAAUAAAGUCUGCUGUUCAAUUCCACAGCCUGGGCAUGUUCUCUACACACACAGUGGCAUGUAGAUAAAAGUUAUAGAGAUACAAUUGAGUGUCAGUGUUCAGUCUUGACCUUGAGAAUGGCAGUUUGAUGAAAAAUUCUCUCUGGUGUCAGAUGUGGAUGUCGGUCUUCCUCCAGCCGUCCGCUGUCGAAGCUGCCGGCAGAUUUGGUGUUUAAUCUGGUGUUCGUUCAGUCUCUCGUCCUCACUGUUUCACCUCAUGUUGCGUGUGAUAUUGUACACCAGCGCAGUCCUCCUCUCUCCAGGGGUGUUUUUGAGAUGUUAAGGUGUUCAUUUACAUAUCUAAUCUGGGUAUAUUUUCCAUGCUCGUCAAAGUAUCAAAGUGGAUUCAGGGUCUGAGGUCAACACUGGGAUUAGUGUUGGUUUGUUGGGUUGAUACGUUGCCUAAAGCACUGUUAAUUUUUGUCCUAAGUCUUAAAAGAAUAUCCGGUCAUAGGCUCCAUCCCUCAAAGGACACAGCUAAUGUUAUAUGAGAAGAAAGUCUUGAUGCUUUUUGUCGUUUCAUUCCAUCACCUAUGAUUUAUGUUUUCUCAUGGCUAACUCGUGCUCUGCAAACAGAUAGACCAGUUUAGUUGCUCAGUUUGGUUUCACAGGUCACUCUGUACCUGUACCUGCUCUGCAAGUCCCAAAUGACCAGCUUUUCUUAGUGCACAUUUGCAUGUCUUGUUCUAAACCUUGGACUAGAAGCUCUUGUCUUCAUUGCUUUUUCAGCAAAGUCUUUGAAUAUAUAUCAAUAGAUGGAUUUAUCUAUAACUGAUGUUGCAAUAUUAUCUUUAAACCUGCCUCCCACACAUGGUAUAGAAUAACUCUUUUAUUAUCUGCAUCUUCUGCAGAGUAUCAGCCCCUUUCUUUAGCGGGGAGUGUCGGGACUGGCGGAGGACAAGGUUGUAUCUGUGUAAUUUCUCUGUGCCUCUCUGUGCCACCAACAUGACGUGACGUCCUCAUGAUGAUUGUACACAAAGGGGGCCUGGCUCCCCGAAAAUUAAACACAGCACAAACAAAGCCUGCACACGCACGGAGUGGAAGGUGUUCUUGAGUCUCGUGUAACGCUGGUAACCUGUUGAUGAGCCAGCUGAAGUUCAGGAUAAAUUCUGUGUCUGUGCUUAUUAUUUUUGGCCUUUCAGUUGUUGAUAGAAAUAUGAUAUUGACAUGAAGAUGCAGUCGGAUUUAUUUCUAGAGAGUUUUCAUUUACAUCAGAACAGAAAAUCUUAUUUGUAGUCUUGUGUAGUUUUUUUUUGUAAAAGCCGAAUAAUUUCAGGUUAAAUUCCAAUUUUUCUGUUCUUGUGUAAACAACACCUCCUCUCAGCUUCAGUGCGUCGCCAUUGUACCAGUAUGUAUCUGCAUAUUACACAGGGUCAGUGGUGAGGCUGGACUUUGCAAUAGUGAAUGACUGUGUGUGUGUGAGUGAGUGUGUGUGUGUGUUGAUGACAAAGCUUUGCAAUACUGAAGUAUUUCUGAUUUUCUGACAUUUUAAUGGCUGUAGAUAAACCUAGAUUUUGCCGUGCUUCUUGCUUUGUAAACAGUUUUCUGCUUUUUAAGUAUGUGGAUUUUUUUCUGACCUGAAAUAUACUGUAGAUUUUGCAAAAUUUUAUAUCACACUGACAUUGCUAUUGUUUUACUGUGAAUAAGGUAUUUCUAGAGCAAUUUUAGCAUGCCUACUUAAAACUGUAAUAUAUAGAACAAACUGUUUCCAGUAGUUAAUAAUAUAUUGCAUUUGGACUGAUACGGACAGAACACGACAAACAUUGAUUUUAUUUAUUUUUUCAUUGUGUAUUUAUGGAUACUUUUACCUUCCAUAAUUCAUACUUGCGUCUUAUUUUUUGAAAAAUAUAUAUAUAUAUAUAUAUUUCUUUUCUCUUAUUUUGAGCAGAAGGAAUUGUCUUUUACAUUCCUAAAUAAAAUGUGGACUGAAGCGCAACUUUGUCGUCUUGAAAGUCCUUUUUUUUUUUUUUUGUUACCGCCAACAUUCACAGUAAAAGCCAUACAGUUAUAUGAAGCACAACUGACCAUUUGUUGAAUCUGUUACUGAGCAACAUUUUACACGUCUGAUGGAUUUAUAACAGAAAAAACCCUCUGCUCAAACCAUUCACAUACUCCCAGACAAAAUAUACGUGUGUAAAUUUCCUGUCAUACUGGAGAAAAGAAAAA